AUGUUUCGUCGCCAUUGUGUAGUUGUCGAGUGGAUGUCUAAACAUUCUGAAUUUGAAUGGAUAUUAUUUAUUGAUGGAGAUGUAGCUGUUAUUAAUCCAAAUCAUUCUUUAUUUGAAUAUAUUAAUGGAGAACAAAUUAUCUUUUAUGAUAGAAUAUAUAAUCAUGAAAUAAUGGCUGGAAGUUAUUUAGUUAAGUGAGUAAUAUAUUACAUUAGAGUUGUAAGAUUUCCUAGAAAUUUUCUCUGAAUUUCCUGCUUUUUGUCGUAUACAGUAGUGAUGUUCGGGAGUUAAAAAAAACGAGAGUCGAGAUCAGAGUUAUAAGAUUGAUAUCCCUCAUAAUCACCAAAAGUCCCUUUAUAUCCUUCAUAAUCCCCCAAAAUCCCUUGAAUCCCUACAUCCACAAUAAAUCUCUUACUCCCUCUAAAUCUCUCGAUAUCCAUCUUAAUCCACUGAUAUUCAGAUUA